AUGGGUUUCUCGUCGUUUUUCUCGUCAUUUUCAAUCACCAGCUUUUUCGCCGUUUUCUUCCUCGCUAUUGCUCUAUACUCCUUUGGGCUCGUCAUCUAUCGCCUUUAUUUUCACCCUCUCGCUAGAUUCCCUGGGCCGAAACUCGCUGCUGCUACAAAAUGGUACGAGUUCUACUUCGAUGUCCUCAAAGGCGCAGGCGGGCAAUUCAUGUUUGAGACCGAUCGAAUGCAUGAGCAGUACGGCCCCAUUGUCAGAGUAAAUCCGGACGAGUUACACAUCAAAGAUCCCGAGUUCUACGAUACUCUCUAUCGGGCCGGCAGCGCAGUCAGAGACAAGUAUCCCCCAAGCUGUCUUUUCGCUGGCACGCCGCUUGGAGUCUUUGGCACCGUAAAACACGAACCCCACCGCGCACGAAAAGCACCACUGGCCGCCUAUUUCUCUAAGCGCGUUUAUCGGACAGCGGAGCCUAUUUUCCAAUCUCAAAUUGAGGACUUCUCAGAUCGCCUGCGCAACCGUCAGAUUUCAGGAAAAGUGACAGAUGUCCGCGUGGACUUCCUCUCCACCGCGACUGAGAUUGUCUCCCGUUACGCUUUUGGCCAUCCUAUUGGCCUCCAUGACUCACCUCACGAAGCCGUGGACUGGCUUCUUACUGUCAAAGCUAUUGCAGCUGUGUCUCCGUUUUUCAAGCAGUUCCCGUAUGUCGCCGAAUGGCUUUUGCCAUGCCCUGAAUGGCUUGUCAAGGUUCUGUACCCCGUGUUUGCUCCUUCGAUCAGGUUACAUGGCAAAAUGCAGCGCGAAGCCGUCGAAGCCUGCAAAAAGGUUGCCUCGGAUGAGAAAGUCACUAUCUGGGACGGUACCCCGGAAACGCGUCCACAAACCGUCUUCGAAGCCAUCCUUCAAACCAACCUGCCGCUUGCAGAGAAGACGCCCGGUCGAUUGGACCACGACGCCUUUACCGCCAUCUUUGGCGGUAGCGAUCCCGCAGCUCGGACCAUGACAAAUUGCACGUUCUGGCUCCUCACGAAUCCUUCAGUUCUGCAAAGACUGCAGCAAGAGCUCGAUACGGCUACGCCCGAUCCUUCAAAACGCCUCAGAGUGCAACAAGUCGAGGAGCUGCCGUACCUCAACGCAGUAGUGAAAGAGUCCCUGCGGCUCCAAGCCAUCUCAACAAGCCGCCUCGAAGUCGUGUGUCCAAGCGAGGUGCUUCGGUACAAAGACUGGGUUAUCCACCCUGGUACCGCCGUGGGAAUGUCCCUGCGCCACACGCUCCACGACCCGUCUAUAUACCCAGACCCCCACGCGUUCAAGCCUGAGAGAUGGCUUGAUGCUGCGGGAAAGAUUGAUGUAGCGAAGGAUAAGUAUUACAUCCCGUUUCAUCGUGGUCAUCGUAUGUGUCUCGGGUACGCUUUUGCGACUACUAUGAUGCUUAUGACGCUCGCUACCGUGUUUCGUCGCUUUGAUCUGGAGCUGGUGGAUACAAUUUAUGAGCGGGAUGUGAAGAUUGUGAGGGAUUGUUUUAUUGGGGAGACGGAGCCUGAUACGAAGGGUGUGAAGAUAAGGGUUCUGAAGGAGAGGAAGUAGUACCUAGAAUGCUUUUUCAUACAAAGGUAGUCUACGGAAGUCAGGUUUGUAAUUAUAUCAGACCAUUACGUCUCAUAGGUUCGAGGGUUUUAAUACAAUAUAUAAUCAGGCGGAGGCCGUAGUUGCUCAUAUUUCUGACGCGAUC